UUCCGAACACGCUGGGCAGGUAAAAUUUUACCUACAAAGCCCGUAAAGAUGGAUUACGAGAUUCCAAACCAGUUCAAACGCUCAAAACGCAAAAAUACAACAGAAAAUGAACAAAAUAUUGUUAAAAUUAACACCUGGAAAUGUUUUUAUGUUGAAAGACAUCUCCAGGAUAUUUUGGAGCAUUUAAAACCUGAGAAUUAUAAUUCUGAGGAAAUGAAAGAAUUGAUUGAAUUAAGCCGAGAUUACAUCAUUCGUUUAAAAUUAAACCAGCUACAAGCACCAAACGACAAUAACACUGAACGUAUUCCAUUACAAGCGAUUCUUCCUGCAUUAAACAAUAUGAAACAAUUGAAUAUAUGCUUUAAACAAACUUACGUCGGCGAUGAUUUCUCAUGGCAUAUUCUACAAACUACGCCGAGAGACAUUGAAAACCUCGGAAAAGGACUUGAAAAGUGUGAUUUAGAAGUUCUCAGGAUCAUAAACACGGACAUUACAUGCGACAAAGUAACAAUGCUUGCGUGUCAUUUGUCUACGAAUAAAAAUCUACGUGUUCUGGACUUUUCCCAUUGCAAAAUCGCCGAUAAAGGAAUAGUGGCACUUUGUAAGCUGCUACAAGAGUUGCCUAACUUGGUCGAAUUGAAUUUAAUGAAUAAUUUCAUAGAAUCAAAAGGUUUGGAAUAUUUAUGUUACACUCUGAGUAAACCCGACAUUAAACUAAAACAGCUUCAUUUGAAUCUGAACAAUUUCGGUGCGUCUGGUGCGAACUUUUUGGCGCGAAUACUUGUAGAGAAUACACAAUUAGUUCAACUGAAUUUGUCUGCUUGUGGAUUGACCACGGACAAUGUCGCGUUGUUGAUCAAGGCGUUGCGGACAAAUUCGACGCUCUUGCAUCUUGAUUUGAGCAACAAUUCAUUGAAUGAGAAUAUUGGCGAUUUGUUUAUUAAGUUAUUAAACUCAUCAAAUUUAACAUUGCAAUCAUUGGAUCUGCGAAUGACUUUGAUUCCUUCCGAAACCAUGCUAAUGAUUGAUGAAAUAUUGAACCAUCCAAAGCGGAAGUCCUCAUACAAAUAUAAUAAAAGAUUAUAUAAAAACUUUAAAGAUUCAAGUCAGUUAAGUGAUGUUAACGAAAACAAAAAUACAACAGAAGUUGACGAUACAACUACAGAAUUAAAAGAUUCUAGUAAUGAAAAAGAUAGUAAUAGUUUUCCGCCAUUCCACAACGUUGAAGAUAUGGAAAAUCAAGUCGAAAACGUUUUUCGCGUGUAUUUAAACACAUUAAAGAAAGAAUUGAAUGACUGCUGUGAUGAGUACUAUGAUGAAAACGAAGAUAGUGCAAGAAGUGAUGCAAAACAAGAAGAAUUAAUUGAAAAAUCAUAUCAAGAGAAUUCUAAUUCUAAUGGCGAUCAUAUUUGACCAGACAAGAUUGUUUGGUUGCAUAGCUAAUCUUUAACCUUAAUCUUAAGUAAAAAUAUUUUCAAUGUAAAUUACGUCUAAAUAAACAUUUUACACACUU